AUGUAUUUCACUCUGUUUAUUAUCUAUCUAUCUAUCUAUCUAUCUAUCUAUCUAUCUAUCUAUCCGUUUAUAUUGUUCUCAGAAAUCUAUCUAUCUAUCUAUCUAUCUAUCUAUCUAUCUAUCUAUCUUUCUAUUCUACCGCAACGUUUUUUUCUAUUUGUUUAUUCCUUUUUCCUCCCUAUGAACCUUUCUUCGUCCACAUUCUCAUUUUUCUCUUUCUUUUCCUCUUCACUCAUCAUUUUUCUAUUCAGUGUUUCUUUCUUCCCCCAUUCUCCUAUUUCUCCACCUCUUUCUCCUUUUUUCUUUUUCCCUCAUAACUUUGUAUUUUCCUCUUUUUUCUUUCGCCACUUUAAAUUUUAUUUCUUUUUCUCCGUUCUCUCCUCCACCUUUUCCCUAGUUUUUUUCUCCUACUGCUUCCGUUUCUUUGUAUCCUCUUCCUCCAUAUUUGGCCAGUUUCUCUUUCUUUUUCUCCACUAUUUAUUUCACACCCUGUUUCUCUUUCCGUUUUCUUCUCCCUCUCCCAUCGACACUUUUCAUCCUUUCUCUUGUAAAUAUUCAUUUAAUUUGAUUCGUUCGCUCCCUCACACACUCGUUACUUCAAAAUCUUUUCAUAUCUAUCUAUCUAUCUAUCUAUCUAUCUAUCUAUCUAUCUAUCUAUCUAUCUAUCUAUCUAUUCAAGAGUUCCAAUAA